AAGAAAAUGGAAAGGGAGAGAGCCCCGGGAAGGGAACUGUUCUUCAAAGGCCGAGGCCGGGAUUCAAACUACGGAGUAAACUAAUGAUAGCCUUGCCAAUGCUGGCUAGUCUAUGGAGCACUAAAAUUGUAUCCACACUGUCUUUGACAUAACUAUAAUUCAAGGAAAAGAACGAGAAACAUUCCCCAUUGCAAGGACAUGAUACCGUCGUGGGGAUGUGUGUGUGACCUAAAAGAGAUGAUUAUAUAUGGACUAUUGAGUUGACACCUCCUAUUCCUUGCCCUAUACCGGCUGGAUUCGGCCAGGAAGUAAGACCUCAUGGCCAUUUUGGAAUAAGCCAUAUGCCCAAUCAUCCGGAUAAUGUUAAGCGCAUCCCGAGUUCUCCACUUGGGCUUUACUUAGUGCUCACUCAUUUGGCUCCGCUUGCACUGUACUUGUUCCUAAUUGAGGUCCCUGCAUUAACAGUGGAGCCAUGUUCGGGUGAGAAGAUAAGACGUCAUUGGAGCUACCCCACAGCUCAAGACGAGAAAGUCGACUGGUAUAUUGAUUCGGCAACCGUAUGUUCUUUGGACAAAGCAAAGCAGGAUUCUGCGUCAGAAAUUGUUUCACCGCCUGAAGAUGCUCACAGUCUUUACUAUCCAGGAAAAAAGAUGCGAGGCAUUUGCAUUCUGAAAGGAAUACUGGAGCGGUCCGUCCGAGACAAGGAGACAACAAAGGGAGCAAGCAUUGACCUACAAACUGUUUGUUAUUUACCAAAAUAGGCUCUGUGGCAAAUUGUGGCUAAUGCACUCUAGUGGCAAUGGUGGCUGGGCC